CUACAACUUUUGUUUGAAAUUUUUUUUUAUACAGCCAAUAUUUUCACCGUAAUUCCAAAAUUAACAUUCAUAAUAAAUAAUCCAAAUUUUUUGUAAUUAUGAAAAUCUUAAUUUUAAAACUACAGCUUUUUUAUUAGUCUUAAGAAAAAAUCAUAAGAGACAUUAUUUUUAGAAAAUUAAAAUUUCAACAACUUUUAUUUCAAAAAUUUUUUUAUACGACUAAUAUUUCCGCCACAGUAUCAAAAAUUUGACACUAUCAAUUAUAAAUUAUGUUCAAAUCAAAGCAAAAAUCCUGGCCCUAAAUGACACUUUGGCAUAAAACUCUGAGUAAUUAGUGCUAAAAAUUUUUUUAGCGCAUGUAAAAUUUCAAUAUAAAUUCCACUUAAUAAUUUUAACCCAUACUUUUUAGCAAAAGUUAUAUGAAGUAUUUUAAUAAUUUUAAACAAUGCGUUUUUUUUAUUUCCGCGAAUAUUUUAAAAAUUUCUUACAGUAUGGUAGCAAUUUUAGUAAAGAUUUAUAAUAAAAAUAGAGGUGAGUCGGGCAAAAUGAGUCACCAGUUUCUAGAAAAAAUCAUGUCUCAUUUUGCCCACUUGUCUAUUAAUGAACACUGUUUAUAUUUCGGUUGAUUUACACAAGAUCUUUACCGAAGCUAUUAAACUGAUAAUAUGGAUUCAGCUGUACAAUAAUUGCUUUUAAAUGAAUCAGUAGAAAUACUACUUACAGUGUAUUAUAAUAUUUGUUAUGAACCAGAGCUGGCAGAAAUGAGGGUCAUUAAGGGAAAUAUUUUGCUACCUACUACUUAAUGAUCCCAAGAAAUUUUUAAUCCUAGAACUUAAGAGCUACUAUAAUUAUAAUUUUUGUAGUAAUUUAUUAAAUGACAUACCAUUUGAAAUUAUGAGAAAGGUAAUGACGGUAAAAGUGCAUUAGAUCUAUCGACUAAUGAAUAAGGGAGGGUAAUUACCAGAAAAUUCUAAGUACUUGAUAUAGAAAAUUUAUGCUAUAAAAGGACAUGUAUAUUUGGUAAAAGAACUAGUGUGAACUUGGUGUUACAAGGAGUACGUCCAUACUAGACUACAGGACAAUUUGCCUACGGUUAAUUUAUUCAGUUAUUGUCGUUCAGUUGAUGUCAAAUCAGUAUCCUGCUACCACAUAUUAACGUACUCUAAUAAACUUUUAUUUUGUUUGAGUCAAGGAUUCAAUUUUUACAAGGAUUUUUUUAAAAAAAGAUUUUGGCUUUUUUUUAUAUCAGUGACGUCAACUACAGUCUUUACUAAAAAUAAAAAUGGCGGCGAUUUUUAAAAAAUCAGAUUACAGUCCAUCAGCUUCAGAGUCGACUUGUUCAAAUGAAGAAAUUGUUUCUAAAUCUCCUGACUCUUCAACAGAUGAUACAAACAUGACACCUAAUGAGAGCAUGAUGUGGCUUGUCCACGUGCUUUGCCAGUGUAAAAAUAUUGAAUGCAAACUUUCAAACUGCCAGCAAUUCCGCAAAGUGUUCAAGCAUCUUAAUAAGUGCGACAAAAGAAUCAGAGGUCAUUGUAAAAUUUGUCAGCAAUUUAUUUCACUAUGUUACUACCAUGUAGACUGUUGCGAAAUGACAUCUGAUUGCCAGCUGCCAUUUUGUGCGGUUCUGAAAGAGCAUGUUAAGAAUCAAGAGUUCCCGCCCAGAUUCCAAGAUACUUACAAACAUCUAGGUCUCCAGCGAAUGUCAUUACCGGAAUCCCUUCAAUGGGAAGUAACAUCAAUAUUAUCAUCUGAAGCAAAAUCUCGUGGACAAGUGAUUGAUUUUUCUGUUCAACUUUUACCAGCUGAUACGACAAGUGACCAACCAAAGCCUUAUGCAGAAACGAAUGUUAGUGGAAAGAUAGCUUCUCUAUUCGCUCCCACUUCAACUGAUUCUCCUUUUGCGCACGAAUAUAAUUGUUCUUGUGCCCUUUGUUGGCGCGUAAAUAACUUUCAUCUCCGAUUUUUAGCCCGAGAUGGUGAACAAUAAUCAAAUAAAUAAAAAAAAAAAUUAUUUUAUUAUUUGGACUGUAUCAAAAUACUAUAACUAUAAAUUUCAUUGUUUUUAUAAAAUAUAUCUACCGACAUUAAUAUGAUUCAUGUAUGUUUUGAGUAUUGUCUAAUAAACUUUGGAUUUUUAUUUUAA